AUGGAAAUAUCCACGGUCGUGUCAAAGUGUCGCGACGCAUUUCGCGCAGGCGCCACCCGCUCGCUGGAGCAGCGGCGCGACUUACUACGUGCUGUGGUGCGCAUGCUGGACGAGAAUGAGAGUGCGUUGUGCAGCGCCGUGCAAGCGGACUUGCGGAAGCACCCCCACGAGACGACAUCAACGGAGUUGUCGGUGUCUCGCGCUGAGGCAUACCACUUCCUGCACCACCUUGGCACCUACAUGGCCUCUGAGAAGCCUCAAUUGGAGGGUCCUUUCUACUUUGAGGACUGUGAGAUUCGUCGUGAGCCGCUCGGUGUUGUUCUCAUCAUCGGCGCGUGGAACUAUCCAUUGCAACUCACGCUGCUGCCGCUGCUCGGGGCCCUUGCUGCCGGCAACACGGCAGUGGUGAAGCCCAGCGAGAUGGCCCCAGCCACCGCCACUAUUCUGCAGGAACUCCUGUCCAAAUACCUGCCGACAGGAGUCGUUGGUGUUGUUAACGGUGGCGUGCCGGAGACCACGCGGCUGCUGAAAGAGCGCUUUGACCACAUUUUCUACACCGGUGGCGCGCACGUGGCGAAGAUCGUCAUGGCGGCUGCCGCGAAUCACCUCACGCCCGUCACCCUCGAGCUCGGUGGAAAGUCUCCUGCGAUUGUAGACGCAUCUUGCGAGAAGGAUCUCUCCGCAGUGGCCCGCCGCAUCAUGUGGGGCAAGGUAGUGAAUGCUGGACAGACGUGCGUAGCGCCAGACUACGUACUCGUGCACAGCCAACUCGUAUCAAAGCUCAUUGUAGCACUCGAGGAGGCGCGCAAGGAUAUGCUCGGCAAGGACCCGUUACGUCAGCGGCAGGAAUACCCGGCUAUUGUGAGUGCAAAGCACUUUCAGCGCCUCGUAUCGCUCAUGAAGGGUGGGACCGUUGUCCUUGGCGGAGAGAUGGAUGAGGCGAGCCGAACGAUUGCACCAGCAGUUCUGUGCAAUGUCCAACUCGAUCACCCGCUUAUGACAGAAGAGAUUUUUGGUCCACUGCUGCCGUUGGUGCCGUAUGAUACCCUGGAGGAAGUGAUCAGCUUCAUCAACGCCAGAAAGAAGCCACUUGCCCUCUAUGUCUUCUCCAAAGACAAGGGCUUCAUAUCGGACGUGCUGGGGAGCACUUCCUCUGGUGGUGCUUUGGUGAACGACGUCAUAAUGCACGCGGCAGCGUGUGGGUUGCCAUUCGGCGGAGUUGGGCCGAGCGGGAUGGGGGCGUACCACGGGAAGUUCUCUAUCGAUACCUUCUCUCACCGCAAGGCGGUGAUGCGGCGGCGGUUGGGGAUGGAGUCGCUCGACGCACCACGCUACCCGCCGUACACGGACGCGAAGUUGCGUGUGAUGCGCUCCGUGUUGGAGCCGGCGGGGGAGUCCGCGCCAGUCUGGCGACGGUUGUGGCUCUUCCCAGCGCUGUGGCGCUGUGCGAUGGUGAGCUACCACUAUCUCCGCUACCUCGCGGCGCCGCAGUGCGAGGAGGUGCCACAUAAGGAUGCGAGCCCAUCACAGCCACCGCGGCAAUCAGUGCACCAGGAUUGA